AUGACAGCACCCAACGUUCUCAACGCCAUCUCGAGAUGGGCCAUUCCCGUCUUCAUCGGCGCCUCAAUAGCACAGUCCGCCCUCUACGAUGUAAAGGGAGGAUCGAGGGCAGUCAUCUUCGACCGACUUUCCGGGGUCCGAGAUUCAGUCGUCAACGAGGGCACACACUUUCUCGUGCCGUGGCUGCAAAAGGCCAUCAUCUACGAUGUGCGGACGAAGCCCAGAAACAUCAGCACCACCACCGGAAGCAAGGACUUGCAGAUGGUUUCUCUGACACUGAGAGUGCUGCACCGUCCUGAAGUCCAGAACCUGCCCAAGAUCUAUCAGUCGCUCGGUCAAGAUUAUGACGAAAGAGUGCUCCCCUCGAUCGGCAACGAAGUCCUCAAAGCCAUCGUGGCCCAGUUCGACGCCGCCGAGCUCAUCACCCAGCGAGAAGCCGUGUCGCAGCGCAUCCGGGCCGACCUGACCAAACGAGCACAGGAGUUCAACAUCGCGCUUGAAGAUGUCUCGAUCACGCACAUGACAUUCGGCCGCGAAUUCACAAGGGCUGUUGAGCAGAAACAGAUCGCCCAGCAGGACGCCGAACGAGCAAGAUUCAUUGUGGAGAAGGCGGAGCAAGAAAGACAGGCAAACGUCAUCCGCGCCGAGGGUGAAGCUGAGUCCGCAGACAUUAUCAGCAAGGCCGUGGCAAGGGCAGGAGAUGGCUUGAUCCAGAUCAGAAGAAUCGAAGCAAGUAAGGAUAUCGCCCAGACGCUGGCGGCCAAUCCCAACGUCACCUACCUGCCUGGUGGUGGUGACGGGGAGGGUGGCAAAGGGAAGGGUGCAGGCUUGUUACUCGGAUUGAGGGCAUGA